AACGAUGCACUGCUUGGCGCGGGCGCUGUGCCGAGUCUCGGGCCCCGUCCGGGGCCGGGGGCAGCACCGGCUGCAGAGCCUGGGGAGCUGCCCGUGUCCACCCCGGGGAGCCGGCGCCUGGGGCUGGGGGGUCGGUCUGGGUCUUGCGCUGGGGGUGAAGGUGGCGGCCGGCUGCGAGCAGGAGGGGGCCCCGCGGGGGGAGGCGGCGGGAGAGGUGAAGCCGCCGCCCCCCAGGGGCUUUGCCCGGGCUAUCGAGAGCAGUAGGGACCUGCUGCAGAGGAUUAAGGAUGAAGUGGGAGCCCCAGGCAUAGUAAUUGGAGUUUCUGUAGAUGGAAAGGAAGUAUGGUCAGAAGGUCUGGGUUAUGCUGAUGUAGAGAACCGUGUAAUCUGUAAACCAGAGACAAUCAUGCGAAUUGCUAGUAUUAGCAAGUGUCUUACAAUGAUGGCUGUUGCUAAACUGUGGGAAGAAGGAAAACUGGAUUUAGAUGCUCCAGUGCAGAAAUAUGUUCCUGAGUUUCCAGAAAAAGAAUAUGAAGGUGAAAAGGUCACCAUUACUACAAGAUUGUUAGUUUCACAUUUAAGUGGAAUUCGUCACUAUGAGAAAGAUAUUACAAAAGUAAAGGAACAGAAGGAAAAAGCCAACAAAGCCCUUAAACUAAUGCAAGAUGUAAAAAAAUCUAACCAGGAGGAGGAACUGAAAGAAAAAGAAGAUAAAGACACUGAAAAAAAUGAUUUUGCUAAAGCUAAAUCAGAACAGGAUGGUGAAGCUAAAGGCCGAAAUUUAAAACCUGUCAAGAAAACACAGGAAUUUGAACACGAAGAGUAUUAUUUGAAAGAAAAAUUUGAAAAUGUGAUUGAUUCACUGAAAAUAUUUAAAAAUGAUCCUUUAGUCUUUAAACCAGGAAGCCAGUUUUUGUAUUCGACUUAUGGUUUUACCCUUCUGAGCGCUGUGGUGGAGAGAGCUUCAGGAUGUAAAUUUACAGACUACAUGCUGAAAAUGUUUCAUGACUUGGAUAUGCUGGCAACUGUCUUGGAUGACAAUAUAUCAAUGAUAUACAAUAGAGCAAGGUGUUAUGUUUGCAACAAAAAAGGACGGCUCGUAAAUGCACCGUAUGUGGACAACUCCUACAAGUGGGCUGGUGGCGGCUUUCUUUCUUCAGCGGGUGACCUCCUGAAAUUUGGAAAUGCCUUGCUGUACAGUUAUCAAGUUGGACAGUUUAAAAACAGUGCCAACAAACUUCUUCCUGGCUACCUCAAACCAGACACCAUUACAAUAAUGUGGACCCCAGUGCCAAACACUGAGGCAUCAUGGGAUAAGGAUGGUAAAUAUGCAAUGGGUUGGGUUGUUGUGGAGAAACAGCAAGAAUAUGGUUUUUGCAGACAGCAGCGACACUAUGUCUCCCAUACUGGUGGAGCAGUUGGUGCAAGCAGUGUCCUGCUUAUUCUUCCUGAAGAGUUGGACUCUGAGGUUAUAAACAGUGGGUUAGUGACACCUCCCAGAGGAGUAGUUGUUAACAUUAUUUGUAAUAUGCAGUCAGUUUCCCUCAACAGCACUGCCUUAAAGAUUGCAAAAGAAUUUGAUAAAGACAAAUUGGCAUGAUACUUUGAUUAAAAUAUAGUGUAGGUCUGAAUAACUGUACUGUUGUAUUGAAAUAGGAACAAAGUUUUAAAAAAACAACAUAAAAAGGGUACAUGUGAGCUCCAAGAUUGCUAGGAAUACACAUUUCUGAGGGAAUGUAUCAGAUUGUGAAGAAAUUAACCUAUAUGACUUAUGUUAGUGGUGCUACAUUUUUGUGCAUUUGGAAGUCUUCGCUCAGGGAAGUAGCUAUAUAGUUGCUAACUUAUGGAAAAGGGGGGGAACGGCCUUCCAAAAGAAGUUAUUUUGCAAAUCACCAAUGUUGUAGCAAUGUUUUUUUCAUAUCAAGCCAAGGUACUGACCAGUCAAGAUCAAUAAAUAUUAUUGUUGGCCUUUACCAGAAAGAGGGUGAUGUUUACUCUUGUCUUCUAGACAUUUUUGUAUUAGCAAAUAGUUUCCUUAAAUGUAAUAAAAGUAAGGAAAACUUGUAUAGAAUCAAAUAAUAAGAAAAUGCAAGACUGACUUCGUUUAUAGCUGUUACAUUUUUCACAUUCAUGCUGGCCAAAGUUGUGUUCACCAGUAUUUUUGAACAGUCACUUUAAAAAUAGAGAUUUCGCUUUUUUAAAAACAUUGAAUACAAAGUUUUGUACUUCUGUCCAAAAACAAACCCUACUGAAAUUAAACUGAGGUUGCUCCCAGUUUUGGCAGGUUAUUCUAUUGUUUAAUUAAAAUGGUUACAAAAGGCUUCCUACUACUUUAUUUUUUCUUAAUUUUAAAUAAUUUUGGUUAUACUUCCUAACAGAAAAACUUGUCUAAAAUUCCCAUAAAACCUUGUAGACAAGGGCAUAUUUUAUGUAUCUCCUUAUCACCUUUUUCUGUUGUUUUUACAUGAUUAGUUUUAAUCCAUUUUUUUUUUUGCUGUAGAUGUGUCAAGUUCUUAGUUUCCCCUACAAAUUUAACAUAUUUAGCCCAGAUUGAGUUUCUUGGAGUGCAAGAACUGCUUAAAUCUAUUAACUUUCUUCCUUUCAUGUGCAUCUUUUGGUUAAACUUGUCACCAGCAAAACAAUUUUUGAUACUAGCUUUGUUAGAGUGACCAUGUCUUCCUUGUUCAGUGACAAGGCCCUUGUGUGCCCUCUAUUUCAA